AUGUACGCAGCUGCAUUGGGAAUGAACGAUAUCGUAGGUUUGCUCAUUUCGAAAGGUGCAAACAUAGUGAUGCGUGCUACUCAUUCGAAUCGGAAUUUCAUAAACUAUGCGUCUACACGUGGACACUGGGAUUUGAUCCUCGAAUCACUUAACACCAUACGUCAAUACUACGGUGAAGAUGCUUUCCAAUGUUUUGUUGGCAUGGCUGUUAUGCGUCUUGUGUCUGGGGACACUUGGCUUGGUGAUCGAAGAACGAAAGUCAUCGAAACCCUUCUAGGGCUUUUCGAUGAUGUGAAUUUUACAUUCGAAGAUCCCUAUCGAGGGCAACGAGGGCAAAGUUCUAACAACUUGCUGCAUUAUGUUCAAACGGAAGAAGAGCUUCAAGCCCUUGUUCGCUGCGGAUUCAACGGUUUUAACCAGCCCAAUAGCGAUGGAGAACUUGCAGUUUCUUCGAUUGUGUGUCAGAUCGCGGAUUUCAAAUUGUUUCGGGGCUGUCUUGAUUAUGGGACUGAUAUCAAUCAUAUAGAUCACAGUGACCGCACUGUCAUAUUCAAGCUGAUACAGUGUCUUGACAGGCUUAAAUGUUCGACUUGGGAUACUCUUGAGUCAAUUAAGCUCUGUUUACACCGGGGGAUCGAUAUCUUCCAUACAGACAGCUGCAGAUGCGCCUGCUCUAUCAAUGGCUGUCAUACCUCUGCUGGGUUCAAUAUUGGAUUCAAAUCAGAGCUCCUUACUGGGAGAUCUAAUGCAAGAUUUAUCUGGGCCUUUGAAUGGCUCUCAAUUGUUGAAGAGUUUCAUGGCUAUGAGGCAGCAAAAAAGCUACUUCUCUCAUUUAUUCGCCGGACGCGGUUCGAUUUUCUCAAGAUAACACAUGUAUGUUGUCACAGGGGUAAAGGUGUAGGUCGAAAAGGACCCGGCAUAUCUGACUCCCAGCAUGUGAUUGAAGAUUUCCAAGGUGUAUUGGAUGAGGAAGAGGACAUGAUCGAGAUAUUAGAGGAAGGGAUGAGAAAAGAUGCCCGAGAAAACUUGGAGACACUUGGAUGUCUUUGGAUGCAGUUGCUUAAGCGAAGAUGCAAUGAGACUCUUGGUCAAUCCCAAGAAAAAAAGAGAAAAUCCGACGAACAGGGUGAGUUGCCGAAAAUUAUUGAUUAUACUGUGUGCCAGAGCUAA